UGUUUUAAAAGUAUGCUUCGUAGGAUUUAAGUAGACUCGUACUUUCUCGUCAGCACACUCUGUUGGUUGUCUCAGACACUCCCGAGAUAACCGUGAGCGUGGGUGUGAAUACCAUCGUCACAGAUGAUUCUCUUGUCGUCCUCGUGAGAUAGCGCCCUCUUGUUCACCGUCUCGGUGUAGACAUUGUGUCCAUGACUCCUGAUGACAUUCAUCAUCCUCAUCUGAGGCUCCUUACCAAACAAGCAAUCCUUGUAGUCAUCGAAACCGAUGCUCUUCUUGACGACUGCCCUCUUGACACCCUUGCAUUUCUUCGCUUCUCCACCACCGUCCAUCCUGUACGAGUAGAGUUUAGCUCUCAGCCCGACGAACUCUGUGAUUUGUAGACCUCCAGUCUCAUCCUUGAACAUGCCAAUGAUCUUCUUGUUCAACCCUGACUCGAUGCCAGACGGGUGAUUCCUUGGAUAGUUGCUUGUGUCAAACAUGGAUCUCACAUCACCGCUAAUGUCCUUGUAAAAAUCCUCCGUCUCUAUCUCGUACAUCAGACUAUCCGUGUCUGUAAACAGCAACUUUGCCUUGUCACCAUACUUUGGUUUAACGUAACCGUAGUGAAAAUCAUACAUGAGAUUCUUACUCAGAUCCAGGAUACACAUACCCAAGUAGACGGGCUUGUUGAAAACCAGUCUCGUCUUCCUCAUGUGGAUAGCCGCAAGGUUUUCACAAAAGAUGGUACGAUGCUUGUAAUUAGGCUUUGAUAUUAGUUUCCUAGCCUGUUUCUCGUUUGUGAUCAGCCGGAUGUCCACCCUGUUUCUAAUGUUCUCCAUGGUUUUCCCGAAAACAGAGUUGUUCAUUAACUUGAAAAAAUCUUUCUCGAAAUCGUUUGUCGCUUUUGCUCUGAGGCUCGUGUUUAGGUCAAUGUAGGUCUUCAACCAUCCAGACUCCUCAAAGGUGAUACCCCUAUGAACCUUCGUGACUUUUAACCCAAGACUUUCAUAAAGUUUCAGAGUCUCAUGAUGGACGACGUACUUUGUUUUGUCGUUGAGGUUUGGGAUCAACUUGCCUACCUUGUUAAUCUUGAUGCUCUCUGGAGCUAACGGGUAGUCAUCAUGUGAAUCAUGAAGGUGACGUGGAUACGCCAUGUCAACCUCCACGACGCAUGGGUGACGUCCCCACUCCUUCAGCUCUUGGUCCGUCAUCCAUCUGAACCCGUGAGUGGGCAGAGGUUUACUCAUCGCCCAGCCGUACAAGUUGUUUGCAUCCAGGGCUGCAUCCCAAGCCAGUCCGGGUGCUGUGUAGUACCAGGCUGGGUCCAGGCCAUAGUUCUCGAGACAGACAUCUCUAAAGUUCUCGAAAACGUCUGCCAACAGGAGCACGUCCGACUCAAGAUAGAGAUCGUGGUAAUCCCUCAUGGUGCUCAUCUUGAAGGUUUCCCACACUUUUUGCGCGUGUUGGUAAUCUUCCUCCGAUAUGUCCGUAUCGUUGAGAGUCGAGUAAAACGCUUCUUUAGGCGGAAGUUGGAUAGCGUCUAGUUGAUCAAAGUUACAGAACCAGUCGUAUGGGAAGACGCCCUUCCUCAACAACAGCUGUAACUGUUCCCCCUUGUAGUGAAUCAUGAGGUUCUUGAAAGACUCUCUCGGUAAAUUCUUCACUAGACUGUCGAGGCUAGCGGACAUGAACUUGAAACUGUCGAUAAACCUGAUAUCACGCUUAACGUCAACCUGUUUGCCCUCUUUGUUCGUAAACCUGUCGACCACAACCUGUUUUGUGAAAGAGAUAUACUUCUCCUCGUUAUUAGGUAUGCAGUUUAUUUUACCCUCCGACGUACCAAGAUUCUUGACAAACAAGUGUGAAUCGUAUCCAGACAGGUUGUGAAAUAGAACAGGAAAGAACUUUGGAGCUCUAAAUCGAAGGUUGCAUGCGUUGUGAGCAGCACCUCUGUACUUUCCGGUGAGGUGGCAAUGGUCCAAAACCUUGUCCUCUCCUAACUCACCCCCACAGAUGUGGCAGUGAGUGGCAUUGUCAUAGUUCAUCUCAUCCUCCCGCGUCAUCUCCACCUCCUUGGGGAACUUGAACUUAUUGUAAAUCUCCUUGAUGUCUGACUCGAGAGACUCCACAAACAGCUGCGCGACAUCCUCGGCAGACCCUUGGACCGUCCUCUGAACCAGCUUGGGUGAAAACACACCGUCAUCAAUGCUGCAUUUGAUGAGAUAGCAGAAGCCUGACGGUUUGUGUUUCUGAUAUUGUUUAGUGAAACUCCUGCUCUCAUCUGGGGAGCAAGUGUCUAUAUUCUCUGUGAAGCUCUCAAAGUCUGCGUAGACAACAAAGGGGACCCGCAUCUUUCUGUUAAAGUUCACGAAUCUAGUGUAAAGGGGCUUACCGUCUUUAUCCAUCGGCAUCUCUAUCCUGACCGACUCGUUCUUUGAGCAGUACUCGUAAUGUUUCUCCAACGCCUUUUUACACCGAAACGAGUUUAGACACCUAAAACAUAGGAAUCGGGUAUGGUGAUACUUAUCAAUUUGACUAGACACUAACGACAUCACGUCCUUUAUCCAGCAGUAAUGACUCGUCUCGCCGUUUGAGAUGAGAAGUAGAUUGAUUGCAUUGAAUGGAUCCUUCCCACUGAUCCUCAAUGGACAUAUUUUCUUCUCCUCAUACGUAAACACAUUGACUGUAUGUGGGUUCUGUCUCUCAAACUUGUCGAUCUGUCUCAACGAGACGGGGAACUCUAUCCCCGACCAGUCGAAUCUCUCAGAGUUCUCCAUCAUCUUUCUACUGAGUCUUUGAGGGUUAUCCCUCUUGGGGUACACGGCGGAGGUUACCGCCCACUUGAAACACUUGUGAUCAUUCUCAUUCCUCACAUUGAUGAUCGCCUUCUUUACCGCUAACUCCUUUGGUAGUUCAACAUACGAGCUCCCGGAGAGAGGAUCAAAGGGAUCAAUGUUAAUAUCAAAGUACUCCACCCGAUCAAACUGCCACCCAGAGCCUUGCUUCUGGAACUUUUCGACUAAUCCGAUC